AUGGGGAGUGUUUCGUCCGAAGAUGGUUCCGACCAGCAGAGCGACCGCUGCGGAAGCUACAGUCUCAGUGCUGACGUCAGCGAGUCCGAGAGCUGCGGUAGCUUCUCCGCGCGCCGUUUCCACGCCGACGGAGCUUCCACCUCCGCCAACCUCUCGCCGCGUCCCGUCAGCGCUCACUUCAACUUCCCGCCGGCGCAGGUAAUGCUUCCCGUCAUUGGCGGUAAGGACGUCGUCGUUUGGGAUCACAAGCGCGACCUCGAUCUGUCCGAGCGAUUGCGUUUUGCAGAAGUUGAAAUGAUGAAGGAGCGGUUCGCUAAGCUGCUUCUCGGAGAAGACAUGUCUGGUGGUGGUAAGGGGGUGUGCACUGCGCUUGCAAUCUCUAAUGCAAUAACUAAUCUCUCUGCAACUGUGUUUGGUGAACUUUGGAGGUUGGAGCCGCUGGCACCACAGAAGAAGGCAAUGUGGCGUAGGGAAAUGGAAUGGCUGCUAUGUGUGAGUGAUUCCAUCGUGGAACUGGUGCCAUCUGUGCAGCAAUUUCCUGGGGGUGGAACCUAUGAGGUGAUGGCCACGCGUCCUCGCUCGGAUUUGUACAUCAAUCUUCCGGCUCUGAAGAAACUUGAUGGGAUGCUGCUUAGUAUGCUUGAUGGGUUUCACGACACGCAAUUUUGGUAUGUUGACCGGGGAAUCAUAUUGGAUGAUUCCAAGGAUUGUGAUGCCUAUGGUAGACCAUCGGUUAGGCAAGAGGAGAAAUGGUGGCUUCCCUCUCCCAAGCUACCCCCAAAUGGCUUGUCCGAGGAAAAUAGGAAAAGGUUGCAGCAAUGUAGGGAUUGUACCAAUCAGAUACUGAAAGCUGCUGUGGCAAUUAAUACUUUUGUGAUUGCUGAAAUGGAAAUUCCCGGCGCAUAUGUAGAGUCCUUGCCCAAGAAUGGAAAGGCUUGUUUAGGGGAUAUAAUUUAUCGAUACAUAACGGCAGACCAGUUUUCACCUGAAUGUCUCCUUGAUUGCCUGGAUCUUUCGUCAGAGCACCACACUCUGGAUAUAGCUAAUAGAAUUGAGGCUGCAAUACAUGUAUGGAGGCUGAAGGACCAUAAGAAACAUCUAAGUUCAGCCAAAGCUAGACGGUCUUGGGGUGGAAAGGUGAAGGGACUUGUUGCUGACAGUGAAAAGAACAAGAAUCAUUUUCUUGCCCAAAGGGCAGAGACGCUUCUAGAAAGCUUGAAACAUCGAUUUCCUGGCCUCCCUCAGACUGCACUAGAUAUGGCCAAAAUUCAAUAUAAUAAGGAUGUUGGACAGUCUAUUCUUGAAAGUUAUUCAAGAGUGAUGGAGAGCUUGGCCUUCAACAUAAUGGCGAGGAUUGAUGAUGUCCUUUAUGUAGAUGAUAGUAUAAAGCGAUGUGCAGCUGCAGAUUCUCUCUCAUUGUUCAGCAGGGGAGGUUUCGGUGGGAUGCCCAUCCAGAAGCGAUUCUCUCCUAGUCCCUUCUCAAUUCAACACACCCCAUAUGCCUCCCCAUUUGCAACACCAUCGUUUUGCUCCUCCUCUCCUGUUACUGGGAGCCCUUGCAGUCCUGCAAGGAUACAUGAUAUGAAGAGAAAUGCUCCAAAGGAGGGGGCAGAUUCGAAGCAAGACAAUUUGGCCAAAUCUGAGUUUGAGAGAGUUUGGUCAUAUGCCGGAAACCUGAGUUCAAGAAGAGCGUCUGGUGAUGCUCCAGAAAGAGAUUGA